UUAAAUGUCAUUUUUAAAAUGCAGCAGUUGAUUAUUUCAAAGGGCCAAGGCAUCAGCACAAUACAAACUAAUGCAGAUUGAAAGGAAGCGUUCAUUCUAAACUUCAAUAAAAUUAGAUUUUUUCUUAUUAUACUUUAUGUGUAAUCUCCAAUAAUACAAUGUAUACGCCAAUUAAAAGACAAUGCAGCAAUGCCAUUAAUGAAAUGGCUUCACCGAGAACUCCAGAAACUCCUUUGAGUUUUAGCCGCGAACUGCGACAGGUGUUGCAAGAACGUAAUCUACUGACAGCAAAGACCAGGAACAAAGUUUGCUCAAUGUUGGCCGGAGGAUCGGGACGUUCACCCAUUAAUUCGCCCAAUACGGAAAUGGACAAAAGAAAAACAUUUCGUUUGCAGGCCAUACAUGAAAUAGUAACAUCCGAGAAAACAUACUUACAACAACUACAAUUACUUAUGGACUAUUUUGUAAAGCCUCUAAAGGAGCGAAAGAUCAUCGACGAAGCCAGCCACACCACUCUGUUCGGCCAAAUAGAAAUGAUACACAAUUUAAAUGGAGAAUUUCUUAGGGAACUCGAAUCAGAUAUGGAUAAUGUGGCCAAAGCCUUUCUCAAAAUGGCACCAUUUUUCAAACUGUAUUCCGUGUAUGCUUUCGAUUAUCGUCACGCCUUACUUGUACUGCAGGAGCUAACAUCGAAAAAUGCGGCAUUUCGUAAGUUCCUGGAAACCACAGAAUUCUGCCCAGAAGUCCAACGAAAACUAAAUUCAUUAAUGAUUGCCCCAAUACAGAGAGUUCCGAGGUAUAAACUGCUCUUGGAGCAGGUGCUACUCUACACAAGUCCUGCAGAUGCCGAUUUUAAGCUACUUAAAGAAUCGGUAAAGCAAAUUGAAAAUACCGUUUCGCAUAUUAAUACCUGUGUGGAGGACCAAGAGGUGACCCAAAUGCUAAUCAAUAUACAAAAUUCUUUGGUCAAUCGAACACCAAAUAUUGUCAAACCAUCACGCAAAGUAAUUAAAGAAGGAAUUCUGAACAAAGUUACACGGAAUGGAAACGAAAUUAAGCGUUACUGUGUCCUAACAUCAGACAUCUUUAUGUAUUGUAAAAUUCUCAAGGAGCGUGCCCCAAACACUGUUGUUGAGAAUUCCCUAGAAUGCUGUUGCAUAUUUCCGCUGAAGAAAUGCAAGGUCUAUGAGUUGUUGCCAGGAUCUUUUAAAAUAACAUGCCAAAGUGACGGCAUUAUAUUUUCUUCGAAUGACUUGCAACUAAGUCGAAUUUGGGUAGGUUUUAUACGUGAUGCCAUUGAUUUGCACAUACAAUGCCGGAAGACAUUGAGAAAGGAGAGUAGUAAGCGAACUCCCUUGCGAAAGAAGGAUGUGAAAAGUUUUGGCGAAGAUUAUAUGCUGAGUCCGAAACAAAAGAAAUCGGAAUUCGAUACCAUUUUUAGGAACAAAAAUCUUGACUCUGAAGAUGAAAUGGAAAAUUCGUUUACAGCUACCAAUUGCUUUGGUGGCAGCAAUAAACGUAAAACUGAAUCGUCACAUAGCUCUAAGGAGACCUCAAAUUUGCCUAACAACCAAUCAUCCGUGGCAAAAGCAACAAAACGCAAAUCAUCCGAGGAUCCUGACGAAGAAAAUAAUUCGAUAUUGCGAAAUAAGAAUGAGCAUCUAAUACACGCUACGAGUCCGGAAAAGAGAUUAUCAAAAUUAUAUAAAUUUAUAUCAAACGAUAAAAUGCGUGCCACGACGCGUGGUAUAUUAAAGAAAACACAAUCGCGUACAGCCAUUGCUCAUUCUAACAACGAAACAUCGUCAGGACUUAACACCCAGGAGCAGCAAGGAAAUCGCCUUUCCGAUAAUGACCCUACCUAUGGCUUUGCCAGUCGCUAUUCAGAUUCAAAGUCAUAUUUUAAAGCCCACAAUGUUGAUACCACUAUACCAAAUGCAAUGGUAAAACGUGAAGAUCUUCUCGGUGACGAAAUUCCUAUUGAGGGCGGAGGAAAUUUUCGCGAUAUUCUUUUUCCGCUAAGAGCUAGUAAUGGCAGCAAUAAAAGCCAUUGUGGAUCACCAACAAAUCUUAGAAACAAUUUUACAAAUAUUCAAAUUUCAUCACCACCUCAGAAGAAACGUGUCAAAUUUGAUGAUUCUUUGGAUGCUUUAUACGAACAACCAACGUUCGAAUUUCAAAGGGAUAUGGCCCAGGGAAAUUGUAAGACAUCAACUUCACUUCGUGAAAAAAUUUAUGAUUUUUUUGCUAAUUUAUUCUAAAAGAAAGAUGAUGAGGAGAGAUUAAUUUUAUUCUUAAGAAUCUCGUUUACCAUUAGCUAUUAUUUUGUAUGCAGUACUUAAAUAGGGGUACACAUUUUUAUUAAACUGCUUAUUAUGUUUGCAUCAUAUUUACAACUUAAGUAUUCAAACCUUGGACAUUAAGAGGAUACAAAUAAAAGAAUUAUACAUGAUAUAAAAAUAAAUAAUUAUAAGAGAGAAAAAUAC